GGUGGAGACCAACGAUGACCAAUGGUAACAUGAUAUGUUUGUUUCUUAUUUACCAAAAAGGUUUACAAAAUGCAUGUGAUCUGCAAUACUGGUAUUCUGACUACUAUAUGUUAUAUUCCGACAUCUUACUCGAUGAAUAACUCUACGCCUCUUAAAUUAAUUUAGAAUACUUAAUACACCUGACUAUUAUUACUUUGUUCAAAAAUUUAAUUGGAAUUUCUCUUUGAAAAUAAAAACAACUUUUAUUUUAAGUGGUUGGAGGUAGUCUGGAUUCUUCUACUUGACGUUUGUGCUGAUGAUGUUGUUCGGAAGAACAAUGGAAGCUCCACGAUCAAAGCAUCCAGCUCAGAGAACAAAACUCCACCUAAACUAUCUACCUGAACCACGGAUCUUCACUAUCUUAAAAUCUGGAUCCUACCCAGUCUCCACAAACGAGGAGUAUUUGUACUCUUCUGGAAACUAAUUCUCUGGGGAAUCUAACCUCAGUCAUCUGGUGUCACAAUCUGAGACGUUUUUAUCCAGUAAUUUGUUUUGCAAAUGACAUGUUAGGAUUGAUCAUUGAGUAGUGAUGAAUAUUGUUUGUCUUGCCAACGACCUUCAAUCAGCUAACAUCUCAACAUAGUGCGCGCGUAAUAUCGGAGCACUUAGACUAAUGGGAGCUCUCUUGUAACUUAAUCUAUAGAACUCGAUCAGCGCUAAAGAGCUAAACGAAUAUGGUAUUGUUUACUACUUUGUAAAUAAACAAUUGUAUAUGUCACCCAAUUACCAUUUUCAGUUAGUGCUUGGCUUAUUUUCAUAGAAGUGUUAUUUUAAUCCCAAAACGUUCCAACGUUUCGAGCGUCAUAGAAAGUUAUUCUUACUACCCUUCUUAUGUCAUGUAAAAUAAAAGUCGUUCGUUUUUUUUACUUCUCGUGUAGAGAACUGGAAUCUAUCUUGUGUGUUCUGAUCGACUUGUUCCCAUAUUAUAUUUGCACUGUUAGAACAUUUCUUUGCUACUCAUUUAUAUGAAGAUUUUUUUCAUACGAUUAAUAUUAAAGCCAUUAUUUCAUUUCUUUACAUGGAUCUGAUCAAUCGUUGGGUAUUACAUUGGAGUGUGUUGUUUAGUUAGUUCAAGCUAGUGCUAUGAAUUUUAUUCUUGCAGCCCAGCUACUCUUAUUGCUUUGUAUUCUUUGACCAUUACUUCACUCGACAGGGCGCCAAAUCAGAACACGGUUAAACAGAAAUGUAAUUAUAUUCCAAAUAAACAAAGUUGAAUGAAAGUAGGGAUCACAAUAAGAAAAACGUUAGUAUAUUGAUAGAUAGAGUCUUCUCCAAAUACUGGAUAGCGCUGAUUGAUUGAGAAAUAGCCAGUCUCCAUGCCCAAACACAAUCUUGAAAGGAACAUACUUUAAUCCAAUCUAUAUCCUGCUAAUAGCUACUUAUCAUGUAUGUGUUUACUUACUGGGAUUCAAGUCAAACUAUUUUAUGUGAGAACUAGCGUAGCUACUACUACUUACUGCUUGAUAGUUGGUUGUCCUAACCUGUAUAAAUGAAAUAGGAUUCGGAUCUAUGUAUUUGUGCUUUAUAUCACUUUAGCCUAACGUCCAACAUGUUUUUCAGUCGACUUGAAUACAAUGGCUAAAACGUUUAUACAAAGGAAUUUUAUUAUUUGUAGGGUUAGUCUAGUAUGAAUUUUGUUUGGUCGUUAUUUUGUGCUUUUAUAGAUCAUUAUUAUCAGUUGUUAUAUGAAGAAGUGGAUGAACGUAAUGUGGCUGUGACGAGAUUGUUUCAUGGGGAAUUUGGUGGUGGUUGGGAAAAUCAACGUUAUCCAAUUGCAGAGUUUAAGCUGCGAACUAAUCUUAGUUAGACCACCAUUCAAAGCGUAGAAUCACUGAGCACCUGUUUCGUCUCGGUAUGGGACCCUUCAGCACUGCACAUCUACAACCCCUGCAUCCAGUGGUCGAACCCUGAACUUUCAGUCAUGCGCGCGAACACAACCUCUAAACUACUGAGACGGGAUCAAAUGACUUUAAUAUCUGGCUUCAUUCAUCUCACGAUCCUGUACAACCCUAACCCAUUGUCUGCAGUGAAUAAUUGUCUCUCACCUGAUAUUGUUGUACUUCAUAGAUUCUCACCAUAACUCCAGAAGUGUUACAUCUUGAAGCUAGUCACCAGUGAGCACAUUGCUGAAAAAUUGUCAAUGUUAUCUUUAUAUAAUGCUAUUUGUUUAGAAAUAGAUUGUCCAAUAUUCAUUUGCUGUGUGUGUUUAUUUAAUCUUAUAUUUCUUUCUGUCUUACUCAGGCACUGAAAAUGCAAGUAUUAAUUUGAAAAUAUGCCAGUUUAAACUGGAUUCAAUGGGUAAAAUCUCCAAUGUACAAACUCUUGCACUACGUUCACCUUUAAAACAAUACUUACCGAAUUUUGAAUAUUUAGUUCGUGCUGGUUGGACACCAGAUGGGAAUUAUGUUUGGUGUCAACUGAUCACUCGCCUGCAACAACGUCUUUCACUCAUAUUAAUUCCAGUUGAUAAUUUCUUACCUAUCUCUGAUGUUGUUAAUCAUCCCGAUCCAUCAUCAUCAUCAUCAUCGUCGUCAUUUUCAUCGGCAACAUCCACAUUAACAGACUAUUCAUCUUCAUUCUUCACUUCACCAUGUAUAGAAUUAGUGACUGAAGUAGAGUCAAAAUUUUGGGUUAAGGUUCAUGACGUUUUAACCUUUCUGAAAUAUCCAUGGCAUUCAACAAGUGGAAUGAACAAAUCAUCAGAUUUUAUAAAUGAAAAUUCUUGUACAUUUAUUUGGGCUUCACAUAGAUCUGGUUUUACACAUUUAUAUCUUAUACAAUGUUCAUGGCCUAAAACUUCAAUUAAUAAUAACAAUAAUGGUAAUACUUUUACACAUGAACAAACUGCAACCCUUAUCCAAGCUAAACAAGUUUUUGUUGAUCAGUUAACCGAUGGUGAUUGGGAGGUUACUGGCAAUCAGAUUUGGCUGGACGAAGAUAAUAAAUUUAUUUAUUUUGAAGGAUUUAGGGAACAUCCUCUUUUAAAACACAUAUAUUCCGUAAGUUAUGGAAAUCAAAGUGAUCGAGGUCCAUUAAAUUGUUUAACGUUAAACCUUCCAAUCGACAACAAUGAUACUCAUGUUAUGAAAUCCAUUCAAAAUGCACACAAUUCAUCAUCAUCAUCGUUAUCAAUGAAUUCUAAUAUUGAAUGUACAUUGGAUCCAUUGUUUCAUGAUUCGUGUUUAUUAAUGAAACCAUAUCCAUUGUCUUAUGAAUUGAAUACAUUCAAUAUUCAAUCUGGUAUUAUGAUCCUAGAAUCAAGCAGUUUAGAUAAACUUGUUGGCAUUCAAAUUUGUCAAGUUAUUAUUGAGAAUAAUGAAAAUAAUACAAAUAAUUCUACCAGUAUUACUGUAAAUAAACAUCGUAAACCAAUUCUACAACAUAUAGCAUGGCUUCGUAAACAUGUAUGGCAUUAUAAUGCAUUCAAUGGAUUCUAUCCAACUAAUCCUCCGUUAGUUCUUCGAUGUGAUAUAUUUAAUAAUUUAGAUCGAAUGCUCACAUUACAAAAUAAUAAUAAUGAUGAAUGUAUAAAUGAUCAUAUAAGUAGUAGUAUUAGUGUUACAUACUCAUCAAAUUAUAUUGAGUUUAGCAAUUCACAAUCAAUAUUAUAUGGACAGUUAUUUGUGCCAAAUUGUAAUCAUAGUCGACUGUUACCUGUAUCAUCGGUCGAUGGUGUUAGUGUUGUUGGUUAUCCAACUUUGCAUUUUGUUUAUGGUGGUCCAGGUAUUCAACUUGUUCGUGGCAGUUAUUCAAGAUCUGUAUUUGCUCAUGCUCAAUUAUUUUGUCAUUUUGGUUAUGCUGUUUUUCUAUGUGAUUGUCGUGGCUCCUCUAAUCGUGGUAUCAAUUUUGAUGGUCAUAUUAAAAAUCGAUUAGGUCAGGUGGAACUUGAUGAUCAUGUGGCCUUUUUAAAGUAUGCUGCAAAAACCACUGGACUUAUUGAUCUUUCACGUGUUGCUAUUAUGGGCUAUUCCUUUGGUGGUUAUAUGUCAUUGAUGGCUGCAAUGCUAUAUCACGAUGUAUAUAAAGCUGCAAUAGCUAUUUCUCCGGUGGUUGAUUGGACGUUAUAUGAUACCGCAUACACAGAACGAUAUAUUGGUCUACCUAAGGAUAAUCCAGAUGCUUAUUGUAAAGGUAACGUAAUGAAUUAUGUUUCAAAUAUGCCAUCAAAUAAAUAUCAUUUAUUUAUAUUCCAUGGUGGUCAAGAUGAGAAUGUACAUUUUUCGCAUACAUCAUCAUUAAUUGAAAAAUUAGAUGCAUGUGGUAAACCACAUCAUUUUCAGUUUUAUCCAAAUUCUCGACAUCGUUUAAAGCAUCAAUCUCAUGUUGAAGCAACAGUUUUAAAUUUUCUUGAAGAAACUCUCUGUAAAUCAAAUUAACUAAAAUAGAUCUAUCGAUGAAGCAAAAAAAAAACUAUGACAAUUCAUUCCACAUCUUCUAUGUAUAAUUUAUUAUCAUGGUUAUGUAUGUAUAUUUCCAGUCCAAUACCCCUUCAUACACACACACACACACGCACACAUACACCUCCCCUCCCUCCUUACCCCGUGGUAAUUAUUCAUGGAAUUAUUUAAUUUGUUUUUUUAAUUUCCCAUUGUAAAGAUAAACAAACUAAGAUCAUAUUGGUGAAGAUGAUGAUCAACUUAUGUGCUUCCUUUUUUUCUUCUUUUUCUUUUUCUUCAAAGACCGAAAUAUACAUAACUACUUAUUAUGAAGAUAUAUAUUGUAUACUUAUGUUCAGUGAUUUAACUUCAUGUAUUCAGUAGUAGUAUUUAACUUUAUUUUUGUCAAUCAUUAAUUUGUCUUUUCAUUCUUUUCUUUUUUAGUAUUUAAAUAAUUAAUUACUAUAAAUAAUUUCUCUCGAAUUAUGUAUAUAAAAUGGUAAACUCCAUUUUUGUUGUUGUUGUUGUUGAGGAUUUGUUAGUCAGUCAGCCAGUAACAACGUAGAACUUCGUACGUACGUACAUCAGUUCGAGUUGCCACACUACAUUAGCAUAGAGAUGCAGUGGUCGAUUCAAAUCCCGUAGUGGUAGAGGUAAUAAGAGUAUAAGCAGUAAUCGGGAAGAUUAGUGUUUGGAGAUGUUACUUAAAGGGUAUAAUACAGUGAAAUAAAUUUGAGAAGAGAAAAAAAGAGACAAGGAGGAAUCAAGAGAUUAGAAUUUGGGAAAACACAAAGAGUGUAUGCACCUGAGCCAUUGCAAUCGAUUUUGAGCCAUGUCAUUCAGGGUCUCUAACCAUCGGUUGCUAUCAUCUCGCGGUCCCCAACCAGGUAGUCUACACCUACCGACAUGACUCAGUCGACUUGUCAGUGACUUCAUGGACUUGUUCCAUGUUUUGGUCUGGCCGCCUCUAGCUUUCUUCCAACCUACUAGUACACCAUAAAACAUCGCACGUCGAGGCAGUUGGUGGUUGAGCAUACGUAACACAUGUCCCAGCCAUCUCAACUGAUGAAGUUUCACUACGUCAUCAAUCGAUUUUCCAUCCUUACCUAGUACCCGUUUCCUAACAACUGCGUUACUUACUCGAUAGUCCCAUGAUAUACGAGCAAUAUUUCGAAGAAACCUAUGAUCAAAUACUAGUAACCUACGGAUAUCCUCUACUCUUACCUGCCAUGUUUCACUGCCAUAAUGUAGGACGGAACGAACUGCUGCGCAGUAAACAUGUCCUUUGGUCGAUAGACGGAUAUCUCGCCUACGCCAUAAAUGACGCAAGUUGGUAAAAGCUAGUCGAGCCUUCUGUAUCUGUGCUGAGAGUUCGUCAUACACCAGACCACAAGGGUUGAUGAGACUUCCAAGAUAAGUGAAGCGAUCGACACGCACAAUUACUUCACUCCCUAUCAUUAGUUCGGGUGUCAAUGCAACCCAAUCCUGAAGAGAUAUCUUGAAUUUCGAGGGGGAGAAUCACAUCUUGAACAUGCUUGCAUUGUUGAUUAGAGUGGUCAGAAGACUCUGCAUUUUGUCAGCGUCUUCACCAAAUAAAACUAUGUCAUCAGCAUAUUCUAAGUCAACAAGUGAACCUCACGGUAGAAGUUCAACCCCAAUAAAUUUAGAUAAGGAAAUUGUUAUCUCUAAAAGUACGUCGACGACAAAGUUGAACAAGAAUGGGGAGAGUGGGCAGCCCUGACGAACACCACUUGAGGUAAUCAGUUCUGAUGACAGUUCGCCAUAAGCUCUCACUCUACCAGUUGUGUUCGAGUAGAGAGCCUUUAUAAGGUUAAUGUACUUCUUUGGUACUCCUUUCAGUGACAAACACUGCCAUAGAACCUUACGAUCAACAGAGUCGAAUGCCGCCUUAAGGUCGAGAAAUACUACCAUUGUGGGGCGUCUGAACGUGUGUCUGUGUUCUAGAACCUGACGUAGUGUGAUUAUCUGAUCUAUGCAACCACGUCCAGGUCGAAAACCGGCCUGGUUUUCUCUAAUCUGCUCUUCACGAGCUUUGAUUAGGCUUCGAAGUAUUAUUGAGGCUAAUUUUUUAGACACUAUAUUAGUCAAACUGAUUCCUGUGUGAUUGUCACAAGAGGACUUUUGUCCUUCCUUAUAGACUGGCACAAUCAGUGAUUGAGACCAGUCAGAUGGGAUUACGUUCAGUUCCCAAAUUCUACCUAAGACCUCGGUUAAUCUUAUUGCUAAUACUUGACCACCAUUCUUAAAAAUCUCAGGAGUAAACCUGUCAGGGCCUGCUGCUCUUCCUCACUUCAGAUUUCCUAUGGCAUUUUCAACUUCGUAAAUAGUCGGAGGACCUACACUAACUUGCCAUUCAGGUUGACUGGAGAUCGUGGGAAACCGAAGUGUGGCUGAAGGCCAGUUGAACUGAUCCCUAAAGUGUUCUGCCCAUCGAUCCAAUCUCCUGGAUUGAGAAUGUAUAAUAUGUCCAUCUUUCUCUGAGUGUUUCGCUAACAGUCGGUUUCCUUAACAAGUCUGAACAAUUGUCUGCUAUUACCUAUUGCCGCUGCCUUUUCCAUCUCUCUUGCUUUCGCUACCCACCACUGUUCACGGUCAUUGCGUAGACUUCUUGUCAGCUUGCGCUUAAGCUGACUGCGCUCUUCAUUAUGUUCAGAGCCAGGUGGAAUGAGUUUCUGAGCAUCUAUCAGUGCGAUAGAUGCUGCUGAGAUCCAGUGUUGCUCCCUAACCUUCUGGUUUACCUUACUAGCAGAUAUCACUGCUGUUUCCACAGCUUUUCGGAUAUCAUUUCAUGCUGCCUUGGGGAGGGUAUAGCGACUCACGUGCAAUUGGGUUCAUUCUCAUUUAACUCAGUUAAGCCCUUUUGCUAACUCAUUUAGCGGACAAAGUCAUCCGCACUAUAACAACUUAUUGUACUCUUAUUAUUUUGUGCUUGUAUGAAAUACGUAUGCUUGAAUAUUGCUUACGGCCUACGCAUUUAUUCACUCUGCUAGUCUUACUACUAACUGAUUAUUUGAUUCGAUUACUCAUUCAUUUCACAUGGUAUAUAUAUGUCCAUGUUAUUCAUACACACUCACUCACUCACACACUCUCGUCUCGCUCUUGCUAUGGCUCUCUCUCGCUUGCUUACCUUUCGGCACAACUCUUCUAUGCUUGUUUAACGCAUCUGUACAUUUGGAUAUAUGUGUGUGGUCUCGUAAUAAACGUAAUCAACACUUC